CUGGGUACCAACGGGGCUCAGCCACCUGUUCCUCAACAGAAAGAUGUUGAAGGACAGGAAAAGGUCAAAGUCAAUAUAGAAGAGGUAGCUUCUCAUAUAGCACGUCAGAAAGCUGUGAACACUGGAGUUGGUGGUAGUUCAAGAACCGUCAUGAAUCAGGGAGGGGUCACUAUGGCACAUGUCAAUAUACAGAAGCCUUUGGAAACAGGAAUCUCCAAAGGAAUGAACAAAAGAAGAAGAAAGAUGGUAGUAGAAUCUAGUGAAAAUAAUUCCGAGGAAGAAGAAACAGCAUUGAAGGGAGUUAGUGGUGGUCCUGGCGGUGAUAGUGUUGAACGCAGAAAAUCCGCUCGACAAAAGCAACAAGUUCUGUACCAGGAAGGUGGCAGUGAUGAUUUGAUCCUGCAAAACAGAUCAAGGUUGAGGAUAAUGGAAGAAGUCCCAGCAUGUGAUGAUAAAUCUUGUGACCCAGCUAAUGUGGAUAAGGAAGUGAACAAACAAAAAGCAUGUGAACAUGCUAAGAACAUGGAGAAACAUAUAAUGAAGGGAGCAGAACCUGUACCACUUGACCAUUCAGGCAAUUUAAGCCCAGAGAUAGUAGAUUGUCCAGAUUCAGAAUUUAGUAACUUUGACAAGGAUAAAGAGGCACAUUGUUUUGCUGUUGAUCAAAUCUGGGCGUGCUAUGAUUCUCUUGACAGCUUGCCAAGAUUCUAUGCGCUGGUUAGGAGAAUUUAUAAAUCUGAGUUUAGGCUGCGGCUCACUUGGUUGGAGCCUGAACUUGAAAGCAAUGCGGAGAUUAAAUGGGCAGAAGAAGGUUUGCCAGUUGCCUGUGGGAAGUUUGUGAAGGGGAAAACAGAGGAAAUGAUAUAUGAGAAAGGAAGUUGUAGAUUUUCGUACGUCAUUUAUCCCCGAGCAGGUGAAAUUUGGGCCCUUUUUAAGGACUGGAAUAUUGAAUGGAGUUUGGACCCAGAACAUCACAAAAGAUACAAAUUUGUUAUUGUGGAGAUUCUUUCUGUACAAGAUGAUGGUAUCUCUGUAGCGUUCUUAUUGAAAGUGAAAGGGUUUGUAAGUGUGUUUCAGAGAACAAUCCCAGCGGAACUUGCUAAACUUACAAUCCCGUUCAAUGAACGGCUUAGAUUUUCUCAUCGUAUUAAGUCAGUAAAACUGAAUGGAACUGAAAGAGAAGGUGUACCUUCUGGAUCCUUUGAGCUAGAUAUGGCUUCUCUACCGCUUGAAGAUUAUUCUUAUUCUAACAAGGUGUCGAUCAACCCAAAUAAUGCUAUGGGUCAAACUUCUCAAUCUCAUGUAGAAAAAGUCAAACCUGCUACUCAUUUAUCAAACACUCGAAAGAAGUAUAUGAAUGGUCUUGAUAGCCAAAUGCUUAAUCUUCGCCGAUCACCGAGAGGACUAAAGGGAGGUGAUCAGCCUAAUGGUGUUAAAGAUAGGGUAACUAAUGGUCAAAGUUCUCAAUCUCCUGAAGAAACAGUUAAACCUACUCCUUGUUUGUCAUACACUCCGAGUAAGCGCUUGAAUGGUUUUCAUAAUGAGAUGGUUAGUCUUCGCCGAUCACCGAGAGGAUUAACUGGCUAUCAGUCCAAUGGUGAUAUAGACACAAUAUCUGAAAGGUUUAUGAAAAGUCCCUGGAUUUCUUCACUAUCUCCAGCAUGUGGAUAUUAAAGCAUAUUUGCCAUGACUUCAGCUCUGACAGGCAGAUCUCGAAGUUUAAAGUUGGUCAGGUAUGGGCAUUUUGGGAAAAGAAUAGAGGAAUUUGUCAAUGCUAUGCACAAAUUAAACAGAUUGAAACAGACCCUUUUACACUGCACGCAUCACUACUUAAAGUAUGCAACAUCCCAUCUAACUACAGUAUUGGACAUAAUGCAUGUGGUUUAUUCAAAAUUUCUGCUGGUAUAACGGAAAUGCUUCCAUUGGAGUCCUUUUCUCAUAUUGUAACAAAUUUGGGCUUUGUAUUUAUCCAAGUGAAAAACAAAUUUGGGCUUUGUAUAGAUCUUCUGACCUGAAAGUUGGCGAGUGUAACAUUGUGGAAGUUGUAGAAAGUGAUGAAAAUAGUACAAAAGUAUUGUUGCUGACAUGUGUUCCUGGCUAUAAGACGGUUUUCAAGGCCCUAAAGAUAAAGAGAUCAACUGAGAAGAUACUGGUGAUACCUCGGAUAGAGUUGGACAGAUUCUCUCAUCAAAUUCCUGCUUUUCUCUUCACAGAGGAGAAAGAUGGCUGCUUGAGAGGCUGUUGGGAACUUGAUCCUGCUGCUAUUACAGGAUUUGAUUUUGUACAACAUUCAUGAUGAAUUAAGUUAGAGCGUACAAGUUGUGACUUGACAACCAUUCCGGAUGCCUACUUGUUGCUAAAAAGAAAUGAAGAAAGCAACUCGUAAACUUGCGUACAACCUGUGAAUUAUGUAGUCCUAUUAGACUUACCCGUGCUAUAUAUAUAGUAUUAUUUAGGAAAUUCAACCUCUGAAAGGCAGUUUAUUAGUUAGAAUACUCCGUAUUACCCACAUGAGUCAUUGUGGGAACCACUUGGGACUUCUCUGACAUAACUUCCUUUACUAAUACACAGCCUCUAGGCGAGAUGUAAUGUUCCAACAGUAUUGAGAUUCAAAACUACUCGUCUAUUAUAUCAUGGUCACGACUUAAAUUGUGCUAGGUCUAUAUCAAAAGGUUCUAUCUAUACUACUCUUUCUCAAAGAGUUAUAUAUGGUUUCAGUGGUCCUAUUUAAAUUU